GCUUCAGGGUUGCAACCCUAAAGCCCAAACCUGAGGUGUUGCGAAGGCCCAAACUUUUCCCCCGGUUCGAGCACGACAAAGAUGCGGCGCGCCAUUGGAGCUCCCGAGCUUCCUCCGUCGUUAUGCCGCCCUGCGCGAGCCCCGCUCCGGCAGCCCUUCCCACGCGCAUUCGCCACGACAGCAAUGCCGACUCCCUCUACCUCACCAUCUCCCUCGCCCUUCCUGCCCACCCGCAUCGUCGCUCCCAUCGACCGCUCCAGCGAGAUCUUCCAGGCCAACCUUGCUAAGAUGACGUCCAUCUGCGAGCAACACAGGGCGCUGGUCUCGCAGAUCGCCUUUGGCGGAGGCGAGACGGCGCGGAAGCGGCACACGUCGAGGAAGAAGAUGCUCUGCAGAGACCGCAUCGACGCUUUGGUGGACCCUGGGGCGCCGUUCCUGGAGCUGUCGCAGCUGGCUGGGCAUGAUCUGUAUGAGGACAUUGUGCCGUGCGGCGGCAUCGUGACGGGCAUCGGGCCCAUCGGCGGGCGGCUGUCGGUGAUUGUGGCCAACGACGCGACGGUCAAGGGCGGGACGUACUACCCCGUCACGGUCAAGAAACACCUGAGGGCGCAGGAGAUCGCCAUGCAGAACUACCUGCCGUGCGUGUACCUGGUUGACUCGGGAGGGGCCAACCUGCCCAGACAGGCUGACGUCUUUCCUGAUCGGUAUCACUUCGGCCGCAUCUUCUACAACCAAGCCAACAUGUCCGCAAUCGGUCGGUCUGUCACCUGCCAGGCGCACACCCCUCACAACACAACACACCAUUCAUCCCAUCCACCUACAUGACUCUGCUUGCUCUCUCUCUCUCUCUCUCUCUGUGUGUGUGUGUGUGUGUGUGUGUUUCUUUCGCCAGGGAUCCCGCAGAUAGCGGUGGUGAUGGGUUCCUGCACUGCCGGUGGCGCCUAUGUGCCGGCCAUGUCCGACGAGUCCGUCAUCGUCAAGGGCAACGGCACCAUUUUCCUUGGCGGACCGCCACUCGUCAAAGCCGGUACAGAAACACAGAUGCGUCCACACCAAUCAAUACAGAUGCCGGUCCGAUGACAUUCGGUGCGGUGCGGGCUGUGUGUCCGUUUGUUCGUUCAGCGACUGGUGAGGUGGUGACAGCCGAGCAGCUGGGUGGUGCGGACCUCCACUGCCGCCUCUCCGGGGUGGCCGACCACUACGCACUCGACGAACAUCACGCCAUCCACCUCGCUAGACAAAUCGUCAGCCACCUGCCCCCUGUCGGCGGUGCCGCCCCGCCACCGGACCUCGAGCCAUCAGAGGAGCCAUGGGAGGACCCUGACGACCUUAUGGGGCUCGCCCCUACCGACCUGAGGCGGCCCUUCGAUGUGCGGCCGGUGCUGUCGCGGCUGCUGGACGGCUCCCGGCUUGCGGAGUUCAAAGCGAGAUACGGCACGACGCUCGUCACUGGGUUUGGGCACCUGUACGGUGUGCCUGUGGGUGUGCUGGCCAACAAUGGCGUGCUCUUCAGCGAGGCCGCACUCAAGGGGGCCCACUUCAUCGAGCUGUGCGCCAAGAGGCAGAUACCCAUCCUCUUCAUCCAGGCAAGCCACUUGUUGACGGAUGGAUGGCCCAGCCCGAUAAUGGAAUGAAUGUGUGUGUGUGUGUUCUGCGUGUGUGCAGAAUAUCACUGGCUUCAUGGUAGGCCAUGCGGCCGAGAAGGGCGGCAUCGCCAAGAACGGCGCCAAGCUCGUGACGGCCGUCUCAACAGCCAACGUGCCCAAGCUGACAUUGGUGGUGGGGGCGAGCUACGGUGCCGGCAACUACGGGAUGUGCGGCCGUGCAUACGACCCCCGCUUCCUGUUCAUGUGGCCCAACAGCCGCAUCGCCGUCAUGGGCGGCGAGCAGGCCGCCGGUGUCAUGCUCGAGAUCGAAAAGGCCGCCAGGAAGAAGGACAAGGGCGAGUGGAGCUCAGAGGAGGAGCAGAAGAAGAGGGAGGCUCUGCUGGACAAGUACGAGAGCGAGAGCCACCCCUACUACUCGUCUGCAAGGCUGUGGGAUGACGGCGUGGUGAGAAGCACACAGGGUGGACAUAUGAGUGUGGGUCUGUCUCCCUGUCCGUCCGUCUGUGUGUGUGUGGUUCAUUCAGGUGUUGCCGACGGAUUCCCGUCAGGUGUUGGGGUUGGCGCUUCAUGCGGCCAUCAACAACCCAGGGGGACACACAAACUUUGGGGUGUUCAGGAUGUGAUGCACGAAAGCGGGUGUUGAGCGAGAGACCGUACUGUGGGCCAUUUUCUGUCGUGCUAGUAGGGGGGCCGUGCGUGUCAGGUGUAAUUCGAUGUGGGUCGAGGCCUCUCUGUCGGUUCUCCGUCUUUUUGUCUGCUGCGUAUGCCUCCGAUGAGCCGCGUCGAUUGGCAACGGUCAGCUGGGCUUGGCUGACAGUGCCAAUCAUACGCCAUCAUGGGAGGCACGUGCAGCAGAUGACACGAAAGACCUGCAGCACUCGAUAAAUAAAGUGCACACAAGUUAGCUGUCUUCGACACCGACAGACACGUACACCAACACGCAACAGACGUAGAAAAACAGCAGUGGAG